GGCAAAUAAGCACUAUUAAAGCUCUGGCUGGAAACUGCAGCAGAGAAAUUCAUUUCUGUCAUCUAAUCUAAUCUUCUACAUCAAGCCACAUCAUGUUGAACAAGAACAUUCUACUGUUGUCUCUUCAGAUAAGUCUUCUAGGAACCACUCUUGGUGGGAAUGUCCUGAUUUGGCCAAUGGAAGGUAGUCAUUGGCUAAAUGUUAAGAUAAUUAUAGAUGAGCUGAUUAGGAAAGAGCAUAAUGUGACUGUCCUAGUCGCUUCUGGUGCACUUUUCAUCACACCGACCUCUCACCCAUCUCUGACAUUUGAAAUAUAUAAUGUGCCCUUUGGCAAAGAAAGAAUAGAAGGAGUGAUCAAGGACUUUGUUUUGACAUGGAUGGAAAAUAGACCAUCUCCGUUAACCAUCUGGAGAUUCUAUCAGAAGAUGGCCACAGUCAUCAAAGACUUCCACAUGGUGUCUAGAGAAAUCUGUGACGGUGUUCUCAAAAACCAAAAGCUAAUGGAAAAGAUGAAGAAGAGCAAAUUUGAGGUCUUGGUAUCAGAUCCAGUAUUUCCUUGUGGUGAUAUAAUUGCUUUAAAACUGGGAAUUCCAUUCGUAUAUUCUUUGAGGUUUUCUCCAGCCUCAACAGUGGAAAAACACUGUGGGAAGGUACCAUACCCACCUUCCUAUGUUCCUGCUAUUUUAUCAGAACUCACUGACCAGAUGUCUUUCAGUGACAGAAUAAGAAAUUUCAUUUCCUACCAUCUACAGGACUACAUGUUUAAUACUCUUUGGAAAUCGUGGGAUUCCUACUACAGUAAAGCUUUGGAUGGUAGCCAUUGGUUAAAUAUUAAGGUCAUUUUAGAAGAGUUGAAUCGAAGAAAUCACAAUGUGACUGUGCUGGCUUCAUCAGAGACCAUAUUCAUCAACUCCAGUCCUGAUUCUCCUGUGAAUUUUGAGGUGAUACCUGUUUCCUACAAGAAGAGCAAUAUCGAUUCCUUCAUUGAACAUAUGAUAAUGCUGUGGAUACAUCACAGACCAACUCCUCUCACACUCUGGGCUUUCUACAAAGAACUAGGAAAACUCCAAGAGACUUUUUUUCGAAUUAAUAUCCAAAUCUGUGAUGGAGUAUUAAACAACCCCGAGUUAAUGGCAAGACUUCAGAAAGGUGGUUUUGAUGUGUUGCUGGCUGACCCGGUAACAAUCUGUGGAGACCUGGUUGCUCUGAAAUUAGGAAUUCCAUUUAUGUACACGUUGAGGUUCUCUCCAGCCUCAACAGUGGAGAGACACUGUGGGAAAAUCCCAGCACCAGCCUCCUACGUACCGGCAGCCCUUUCCGAGCUCACUGACCAGAUGACCUUCAGCGAAAGGGUUAAAAAUACCAUAUCUUAUCCUCUGCAAGACUAUAUAUUUCAAUCCUACUGGGGAGAAUGGAAUUCAUACUACAGCAAAGUUCUAGGAAGACCCACUACAUUGUGUGAGACUAUGGGGAAAGCAGAAAUUUGGCUAAUCCGAACAUACUGGGAUUUUGAAUUUCCUCGUCCAUACUUACCUAAUUUUGAGUUUGUAGGAGGACUGCAUUGUAAACCUGCCAAACCGUUACCUAAGGAAAUGGAAGAAUUUGUCCAAAGUUCAGGUGAAGAUGGUAUUGUGAUAUUUUCUCUGGGAUCAAUGGUCAAAAAUCUCACGGAAGAAAAAGCCAAUCUCAUUGCCUCAGCCCUUGCCCAGAUUCCACAGAAGGUUUUAUGGAGAUACAAAGGAAAGGAACCAGCCACAUUAGGAGCCAACACGCGGCUCUAUGAUUGGAUACCACAGAAUGAUCUUCUUGGUCAUCCCAAAGCAAGAGCUUUUAUCACUCAUGGUGGAACCAAUGGAAUCUAUGAAGCUAUCUACCACGGGGUGCCAAUGGUGGGGGUACCCAUGUUUGCUGAUCAGCCUGAUAACAUUGCUCACAUGAAGGCCAAAGGAGCGGCUGUGGAGGUGAACAUAAACACAAUGACAAGUGCAGAUUUGCUCAGCGCCUUGACAACAGUCAUUAAUGAACCUUCUUAUAAAGAGAAUGCUAUGAGGUUAUCAAGGAUUCACCAUGAUCAGCCAGUGAAGCCCCUGGACCGAGCAGUCUUCUGGAUCGAGUUUGUCAUGCGCCACAAAGGAGCCAAGCACCUGCGGCCAGCCGCCCACAACCUCACCUGGUACCAGUACCACUCUCUGGAUGUGAUUGGGUUCCUGCUGGCCUGUGUGGCAACUGCUAUAUUUUUGGUCACAAAAUGUUGCUUGUUUUCUUACAGACAAUUUGUUAAAACAGGAAAGAAGAAAAAGAGAGAAUAGAUCUUUCUAAGUGUGGUAAAGGCUUCAAUGGGCAAUUCUGUUCUUUCUAGCUACAGUAACCUUAAUGAAAGCAUAUCAUCUCCAUCCUGUUUUCAAAAUUCUCAUUCCUCUACCUCCUUAUACCAGAGAUAAAGUUUUUAAUUCAAUAAUAUCAUUAAUUAGUUAGCAUGUCCUAUUCAUCCUUUGUCUUCUCCCAGCUGGCUUUACCCUCUUUUUCAAACUUUCCUGAUAAGGACACACUAGUAAUUUUAUGUAUAUUCUAUUCAUAUUAUACAUUUUUCUCUAUUUUUAACCUUAACUAAUAUGCUGAAAGACAAUUUGGUGAAUCCUGGGAAACAUACAAGUAGAAACUGAGGCUGAUAGAUUCAGAGAAGACAGAAGACUAAAAUUUACAAGUUCCCCUAGAACAUAUAAAUUAGGAGACCAUCAUAGGAGGCUAGUGUGUUAAUAAGAAGGGUAAUGAUUUCAUUUGUCAUAAAAAUAAGACCUUUUGACUUCCCAGUGUUCCUGGGGUCAGAGCAUGAAUUGAACUAACGGUGACGGUUCAUCACGCCAGGAAAGGUCUACAGAUUUUCAUUGAAAACAUAGAUAAUCACACCUACAUUCCUGCCUUAAGUCAGCAAGUAUUCUUGUGUGUCCUUGAGUGCAAGAGUCUGGGCACUGCCUUCAAACAAAAGAGACUGACUGAGUCCUUGCUUUUUCUCGGGGACAGAAAAUGUCAGCAGAAUGUUAAAGGUGAAUAGAUGAUUUUUAGAGAAAACAAUAAAUAUAGAAAAAAAGUUUUAAAGAUUUAUGAAAUGUUAAAAAUACAAUUGAUAAUCUUAAAGUCAAAUAUCAAUUCAUUAUAUUUAAAUACAUUAAUGCUCAAAAUCCAUAAUCAUUAUUUAUAAUCAAGGCUUUGUUUUCUGUCAAAAAACAAAUAUUUACUUUGAAUGUAAAAUCUUUAUAUUGGUUUUCAGUCUCUAUCCUCUACAAAUUUAAAUUCAUCAAUUAAUUGUUAUGCCAAGGAUAUAAGAUGUUAGUAGACCUCUCAAUCAAGCAUAUGCUAUAGUAUAUUUUUAUUAAAGCACUAAUUAAAGACAAAUGUUCAUAUUCAAAUCAGUUUUGAUUAAUUUAAUAAAUAGAUUAAAGAUUGCACUUUCUUUUCCCCUUAUAAACUUAAUGACAUGUCUAACUAAAGUUUUAAUUUUAGUACUUGAUAUAGUUGAAGAAAUAAAUAACAUCCAUUGUCUUACCGAAAUUUUUGAAAUUCUUAUUUAUUUCAAUAUGGUAUAUUGAAAAUGUUUUCCAAUUUGAAAAUAAUUGUAUAGUGGUAACACAAGUAUUUCUUCUUGAAUAUGUACAUUACUGAAAAUGCAAAUAAAUUCUACACAUUUUUU